UCCUCCUCCGGCGUCUCCUGCGAUGCUGCAUGGACCCAGUCGAAGCCUUUCCCGUCCCUCAUAGACUCUGAUUUCUACUCCUGCAGAGACAAGAGCAGCAUCUUCUUUUUUUUAUUAUUCCUAAAGAUCAUGGACAAAGAGAGGAAAGCCUCUCAGCAGUACGGCUCUCUGGAGAAGACGCAGACUGUGAAGGAAGCCACCGAGAAACCAACAGAAGAUGUCGUCUCCAUGGCCGACUCCACCAUCACCAUCGAGGACAUCGAAGGAGAGCUGUGCAGGAUCGAGCGGAUACGAGACAUCCUCGUGCGGCGAGAGUCGGAGCUGAGAUACAUGAUGGACGACAUCCAGCUCUGCAAAGAAAUCACACGGCUGAAGCAGGAGCUGCAGAAACUGGUGUCAGUUCCAGACAAAGACAAGUCCAAAGAGGAUCGGGAGCGAGAGGAGGAGCUGCUGCAGCAGAUCAACAAGCUGGUGGAGACCAGAGACUUCCUGGUGGAUGACGUGGAGUUUGAGAGGUUGAGGGAGAGAGAGGAAGACAGAGAGAUGGCCGCCUUCUUACAGGCCAAAUUUCCCAAAGCACUGGCAGCUAAAGGUGCUUUGCAAGGUCAAAAGGUGGCGUCCAAGUCCCAGACGACAGCACCGUUCAUCACUAAAACCGGACUGACGCUCCUGAAAGACUGCUGCGGCUUCACCUGCUCGGUCAUGUAGCGCACGGAGGGAAAGUGUGUGUGUGUGUGUGUGUGUGUGUGUGUGUGUGUGUGUGAGUGUAUGUACUAAAUGCUUUCACCUAUCUACCAUGUGUCGGCCCUUUCAAGGAAGCUCAUGUGCAUUAUUUCUCAUAUAUGCUCAUAUCAUGAAGGGGCUUCUAUUAAACUACUUGAUGUGAUUUGCUGCUGCUGCUGCUGCUGCUGUGGAAAUCUGUGCUUCUAUGUCUUGCAGCGGGGAAGCUGAUACACUAAUGAUUCCUGCCCAGUUAAGGUAAUUAGACGUUAUUACGGCUGCUCUGACAGCGCAAUUAUCUGUUUGUAAUGUAUUAGACGUCCCUCAGGGAGGAAACCGACGGUCUCCCUUCGCCGCUCGCUGUAGGAGCCGAUUGUUAUAUUUGUUUGGACUUUAACUGGGCGUUAUUUUAAGUGAUUGGUCUUUUUUUUUAGGUGUUUUGUAAAGAAAAAAAACAGAAUUUCACAUGCAGUAUAUGAUAAAAGAUAAGCGUGUCCAUGGUGCCAUGAUAGUAUCAUCUUGUGACUGUAGCAUCUUUGCAGUGUUGUUAUAAUAAAGACGUGUAGCGCUCUU